CAAUGGCUACUUUCGGCACUUCAUAAUAAAAAGGUCACUUUUGAACGAAAUUGGCUUCUAACGACAAGGGUGAAUUGGCUACACUGACAUCAUAUGCCCCUCUCCUUUUAUUCGUGUCAGCUGACGAUCGCUCUUUCCGCCUGGAUCCUCCAGCAAAAUGACUAAGGGAACCAGUUCGUUUGGUAAACGCCGCAACAAAACGCACACGCUGUGCAUUCGUUGCGGCAAAGUAGCCUUCCACAUCCAGAAGAAGCGUUGCGCGCCUUGCGGUUAUCCCGGCGCCAAGAUCCGCAAGUACAACUGGUCGGUCAAGGCCCGCCGAAGGAUGACCACCGGAACCGGCCGUAUGCGACAUCUCUCCGUGGUCCGACGACGAUUCCGCAAUGGAUUCCGUGAGGGCACCACGGCUCAAUCCCAGAAGAAGGAAUAGACGUACAAGCCUAUGUGCGAACCUCUUUUGUGAAUGAUGCCGAUGCCGUGUAACCACCAACCAUGAAUAAAAAGAGAACCCUGAUUCUUUAUUA